AUGCUAUCGCACCCUCUCUAUACGCUCUGCAAUUACUCCAUUCCUGCCACAUCUUCUUCUCCUUCAUCAUCUCUCUCCUCUUCUCCCCCUUCUUCAUCAUCGCCUUCACCCACUCCUGACCUUUUCUUCUUAAUUCCUCUCAUGCCUUUUUCUAUCUCCUUUUCCUUUCUCUCCCUUUCAUCAACAAUUCUUCUUAAAUUCCUUUCACAAGAAAGCCACCAUCUCCAAUAAAACCAGAAAACUCUUCACUGCCUGCCCACAACUGCUUCUCUGCAAUCCCUUUAAUCUCCCAAAACAGCAGAUCUCUACCUUCAAUAUUUGGCCAAACCCUAAUUCAAGAUAAGGGUUUUCUUCUCCUUUGUUUUACCAAAGUUUCAACAAAGAGCGAAAAGAUUUGAAUUUGGACACCGCCGAAGAUCUCGUGGGCGUUAUAUGGAAAACCGUUUUAAGAAACUAAGAUUCAGCUAGAACGUCAAAAGACCAGUUCGCAAUAUCUCGAUUUAAAAAACAACGGCGACGUUAGUAGAAGAAAAGCAGCAGGUUGUAAGAUGUUUCAGCCAAACAUGUUCGAUAGCCACCAUCACCUGCUUGAUAUGGCGCAUAAAACACCGGAAAAUGAGAUGGACUUGAUCAGAGACGACGAAUACGGGAGCAAAUCCGGGACUGAUAUUAUGGAGGCACCAUCUGGCGAUGAUCAAGAUCCCAAUCAACGCCCAAAGAAGAAGAGGUAUCAUCGCCACACACAGCAUCAGAUCCAGGAAAUGGAAUCGUUCUUCAAUGAAUGCCCCCACCCGGACGACAAACAGAGGAAAGAGCUCGGUCGACGACUUGGAUUGGAGCCUUUGCAAGUUAAGUUUUGGUUUCAGAACAAACGUACCCAAAUGAAGGCCCAACAUGAGCGUCACGAGAACACCCAACUAAGAAAUGAAAACGACAAGCUUCGAGCAGAUAACAUACGGUACAAAGAGGCUCUCACCAAUGCUACUUGUCCUAGCUGUGGAGGCCCAGCCGCGAUUGGCGAGAUGUCGUUCGAUGAGCAGCAUCUCAGAAUCGAAAAUGCCCGCUUAAGGGAAGAGAUUGAUAGGAUAUCUGGUAUUGCUUCAAAAUAUGUUGGGAAACCAAUGCUGUCAUAUCCUCAUUUAUCCCCGGGAGGAGGAGCAUCGCGGUCGCUUGAUCUUGGAGUGGGGAAUUUCGGGGGUCAGUCAGGCAUAGGUGGGGAAGUUUUUGGAGCUGCUGAUCUGCUCAGGUCAGUAUCAGGGCCUACUGAGGCUGAUAAGCCAGUGAUAAUCGAGCUGGCCGUUGCAGCAAUGGAGGAACUCAUCAGAAUGGCUCAAGCUGGAGAACCCUUGUGGAUUCCAAGCAUCAACAAUGGUGCAGAGAUGUUGAGUGAGGAGGACUAUGGAACCACCUUCCCCCGCGGAAUUGGUCCCAAGCCUUUAGGGUUGAUAUCCGAGGCAUCAAGGGAGUUGGCUGUAGUCAUCAUGAACCAUAUAAACCUGGUCGAGAUCUUGAUGGAUGUGAACCAAUGGUCGAGUAUGUUCGCCAGCAUUGUUUCUAGAGCAGUGACUGUGGAGGUGUUGUCUACUGGUGUUGCAGGCAACCACAACGGAGCUUUACAAGUGAUGACUGCUGAAUUCCAAGUACCAUCCCCUUUGGUCCCAACGCGCGAGAAUUACUUCGUGAGAUACUGCAAGCAACACACCGAUGGGACAUGGGCCGUGGUUGAUGUUUCUUUAGACAACUUGAGGCCUAGUUCCAUUUCAAGAUGCAGGCGACGGCCGUCUGGUUGUUUGAUUCAGGAACUGCCUAAUGGUUACUCUAAGGUGACAUGGGUUGAACAUGUAGAGAUAGAUGACAGAGCUGUCCACAGCAUUUACAAGCCACUGGUUAAUUCGGGACUAGCAUUCGGGGCUAAGCGCUGGGUUGCAACUCUUGACAGACAAUGCGAACGCCUAGCCAGCGUCAUGGCCAAUAACAUCUCCGCAGGCGAUGUUGGAGUGAUUUCAUCGCCAGAAGGUAGGAAGAGCAUGCUCAAGCUAGCGGAGAGGAUGGUGAUGAGUUUCUGCAGCGGCGUGGGAGCUUCGACCGCUCACACAUGGACGACGCUCUCGGGCAGUGGCGCGGAUGAUGUUAGGGUGAUGACCAGAAAGAGCAUGGACGAUCCAGGGAGGCCGCCCGGCAUUGUGCUCAGCGCUGCUACUUCCUUCUGGCUCCCCGUCUCCCCUAAAAGAGUUUUCGAUUUCCUGCGCGACGAGAAUUCAAGAAGCGAGUGGGACAUUCUCUCAAACGGCGGCCUCGUUCAAGAAAUGGCACACAUUGCAAAUGGACGUGAUCCAGGAAAUUCAGUCUCACUUCUGCGCGUCAACAGCGCGAAUUCGAGCCAAAGCAACAUGCUUAUACUUCAGGAGAGCAGCACGGACGCAACGGGAUCGUACGUGAUCUACGCUCCGGUAGAUAUCCACGCGAUGAAUGUGGUCCUAAGUGGCGGCGACCCGGACUACGUGGCCCUCCUCCCCUCUGGUUUUGCCAUACUCCCUGACGGGCCCAGCAACGAAGCCGGGGGAGUUGAGGUGGGAUCCGGUGGGUCGCUGCUAACGGUGGCCUUCCAGAUACUAGUGGACUCGGUUCCGACGGCGAAGCUUUCAUUGGCAUCGGUGACAACCGUUAACAACCUCAUCAAAUGCACGGUUGAGAGGAUUAAGGGCGCAGUACUCUGCGACACCGCGGUGUAACAUUGGAGCGAAGGGGAGAAGUCAAGAACGCACCUCGCGUGGUCCUUGCUGAGCAAGGGGUUUGGGUUCGGGUAUUGACUCUUGAGAUCAAAGACCUGCUUUUAUUUCAUGUGUAUGCAAAACUGCUGCUAUGUAUUAUCUCUUUUCUUCACCAACUAAUUCCUUUUAUUUCCUUACAAGGUUUUAAUUACCCCUAAA